AAGUUUACUUAGCUAAAAACUUUUCUUAUCUAGUGUAACGUGGCCUAUAUAUUGCAAUGGCAAUGUGGUUAAUUUUUUGAAAAGCACUUAUCUGAAAGCAAAGACCACAAUUUGUUGAUGUGGAAUUGAUGAUUCUUGCUGUAUGCUUGUGUCGAUUUGUGCUAGGAUAAUUGCCCGCAUUUGGUAUGGCAUGAGUAGUUUUCACGAGGUUGCCAAUAUUAUAUUAUUUACUAUUUUGGAAGUCAAUAGAAGAGCAUUUCUGGAUUCUAGCUAGGGGCUAUUUUCCAUGCACAUGCACACACGCAUGCACAAUUAUCUUUGCAGGCAUUUGUCAUUGAUGACAUUGAUGACAGACCACAGAAUGAUAUUAUGGAGCAUUUCAAGUACGAUGAGGUGGUAACUUGACACUUCAGACACAAAUGUUAUGGAAGGAGAAAUAAUUAAGGCUUUGGCUUUCUGAAAUUCUUGGAGGAGAGUCAUAUGGUUCAUCGGCUUUAGAUGGUGUAUCACUCUAGUUUUGUUGACGAAGAGGGUAUCACCAAAGCUUGCGGGUGCCCUCUUCUUCCAUUAAAAAGCCACAUCAAGGGUCCUGCCCCACACUCAGAUGCAGACAAGAUUGAUAUCGUAGACGAAGCAAUUACUUUCUUUCGAGCCAACGUUUUCUUCAGGAACUUCGACAUUAAAAGCCCAGCUGACAAGCUCCUUAUAUACCUGACACUUUACAUCAAUGUGGCCUUGAAGCGGCUGGAGGGUUGCAGAACGCUGGCUGUAGGGACAAAGGCAAUCAUUAAUUUGGGCCUUGAAAAGGUCCCUGUGCCUGGAGAGCCAGGUUUUCCUUUUCCUGGCCUAUUUGCCCUUCCUCAAUCUCAGCAAGAAGCAGAGCUUUUCAGGAACUAUCUGAAGCAAAUAAGAGAGGAGACAAGUGGAAGACUACUAAGCUGUGCUUAUAGACCUAAUGGCACUCCUAAUAAGUGGUGGUUGGCUUUUGCUAAGAGGAAGUUCAUGAACAUAAUUGUGCCAUAGGAUUUGUUUGUCAUGGAGAGGCCAGGUUGCCAAGUUAGCUUGCGAUCGCUCUAGAAGCAUCGUCUACGUACUAUAGUUCAAGAAUUCACUACAUUUUUGAUGUAUAAUAUAGCUUAGCAUAAUUGCAAUGGUCUAGUAAAUUUGGGACUAUGUUGGGGAAUACUUGAAAUAAGAUGAUAUGCGCCAAUAUACACUUAAUAUCAUAUCUUGAUUGAACCGAUGAUGAGGUUUCUGUUCA